AGAGAAAAAAAAAUAGGAUUAGGAGAAUAAAACACCUUCCCUACUUUUCGUUUCUGCUCAAAUCUCUUCUCCCGAACUAGCUAUUUGUGAAGUGGGUCUCUGGUUAACGCCGAGACCAGCCUCUCGCUGCCCACCUUUUCACGAUGCUGCUGGACAGAAAAGCCCUCGUCUAGACACUUCGACAAGAAGAGUUAUAAACAUUUUCAGGGUUGGAGUUGGGGUCACUGUUGAAUUUUCCCUGCACUCCGUUUAAGCGGCGAUGGCUAAAAAGUGGUACCUAAGUGAUACUGAGGAUGAAGAUAUACUUGUGGCGAUGGACAGAAGUUAUAUUGAUCCUUUUCAGGAACAUAUUGAGAAGCUAAUUGCGGUGGAUAAGAAGGAUGAUCUUGUUGAUUUUAUAAGAAGCCAAGUUGAUAAACUUAUUGAGGACUUUAAUAGAAAUGGCUCUCGACUGGCAUACUCCAUCCUCUAUAAGUGUGUACAUUCUAGUGCACUUAAUUGUGCAGCAGCACUAUUGGAAGAGGAGACUGAUCUGACCCAAUAUUUUAAAUUGCCUGGAUUAAAUUUGCUCCAUACUGCCGCAGAUGCUUUAUCUCUUAAGAUGACGAGGUAUUUUCUCAAAUUUGGCAUGCGGGCGGAUGAGAAAGCUACUGGUAUUCAUACACAUGGUUGUCAGAUGUUACUACCUAUUGACUUUGCUGUUCAGUCUGUUAGGAGGAGGGUUUUCUGGACCCAAGAACAGUCACUUUACAGGUUGAUUUUUAGACUUGUUCCACAGGGAAUGUAUGGGCCAAGACAAACUAUGAAGUUGCUCAUGCAUGAGAUAUCUUCCUCAGAGGCUUCUGAAAUUAUAUGUCGUUAUGCUACAGAAGGGAAAAUAAUUGAGUUAGCCUCUCUGCUUAUAGCAUCAUCGGAAGGCCAUCUGACAGUUGAUAAUCUUUACAUGCCCGGUAAUGAUGCCUCUGGGUACCGGAUCACCUUGCGUCAGUACAUCGUUAAAAAAAUAGUAGCAUUAACAAAUGACGUGUGUGAUCUAGAGCUCAUGGAAAGCAACAAGUUAGCUGAGUGCAGAGAAAUGCAGAAUUCAAUGAUGUCUAUACUGAUGUUGCUUGAAAUUUUUUUGAGGACUGGACAUCGUAUUGCAUGGGAGGCAAGUGAAUCAAGUUAUUUUUAUUCUCCAACAAGAAAUGCGGUUGCAAAUUUGUUAGCUUCAUCUGGCUUUGAAUUGACCGGUGAAGAUGCUUCUUAUCUCCGAGGACGACCACGGCUAUUUGACGAGCUAUGUUCCCGAGUGAAGAAUUUUUUCCCAGAUGGGAUGCCAUUGCUAGAUUCAUUUGAGAGAGUGGCUGAUAUUGGAUGGUGUGAAACUGAUUCAGAGUAUGAUGAGCUGCUUCCACUACACAAAGCAGUUGAUAGAUUAAGGUCUGAUAUAAUUACUAGCCAUUGGAAACAAAAUGAAUCGAUAUUUGAGUUGAUUAUUGUGCUUUGCCUUCCUGAAAUGAAAGAACGAUUGGAGGCUGUUGAUUUGUUUGCGCAGAAAGUAGAUAAGAUUAAUCAAUUAGCCUGUUUCUAUGCUAAGGAGGGCAAACUCAUUGAGUUGGCCAUCAUAUUUAUCAUAUCUUGGGAAAAGGCCAUGGAUCCAAUCAAGCUUAAGAUUAAUGGUGAUAGUUCUGAGAGGUCUAUGACAUUUCGACAGUUCAUCAACAGUGAAAUGGCACAAGCAAUUGAUCUAGGGUACCGACUAAUAGGAAGAAUAACAAAAGAAGAAGAAGAAUUAAGUAAGUUCUGUAAGCAACGGAAGGAGGCAAUGAUAUCUGCACUUCCCCUAGUGGGAAUUUUUGAGAAAGCUGGUGUUAACCUGCGAGCAUAUUUUCAGUUGGAGAAAAACAUGGUGCGAAAAGAACAGGUCGUUGAAGAUGUGAUGGAGCUUCUUGCAAAAGUAGGCUAUAAAGUCAAGUCUGAGGACAUUAAAAUAGGAGAUGAAGUUGAUAGUUCGAUGGAGUUGCCCUUGGAAGGAAAGGGUGGGGCAGUACAAGAGCUAAAGAAAAUUGCUGUAACCACUACAAUUAGCGGAUUCCAGCGGCAAGAUUUUACAAGGCCUGCGUAUGUGCUACCAUGUGGUUUUGUUGAGGGUGCGUAUGGUCGAGCCGAUGAUAUUAGGAAAUUUCUUUUCACACGAUAUACAAGGGAAUGUUUUCGUUUGUCAUCUGGUGUCCAGUCAUUUCGUGCAUUUUGGACAUCAAAUCCAAAAGCUGGCUACUGUUCUGGUUUUCCGAUAGCGUUGAAGGUUCAAAAGAGAGAUGUUGUUAGAGGGAAUUGGCUCAUGCAGAAAUUUUCAGCCAGUAAGCAAUUGAGCUCUGUUGCAUUAGCAGCCAAGAGAGGAAUUAAAUAUCUUUGAUCAAGCGUGCUUUGCAAGGUAGAGAAAUGUAUUUCCCUGACUUAACUCUGUUCUUCCGAUUGCCUUCUCUAGAUUCCAUUUCUGGAUUCAGAUUUUGGGUGCCAUGCUCCCUUUUUUUUAUUGUUUCAGUAAUUGUAGCUCUCUAUUACAAGCAUACUGUAUUUAUUUAUUUUCUGGGUAGUUUCUAUGGGCCUAUUCUUGUUGGCUUUAGCUUUUCUUAAAGCCGAUGAUGAA